AUGGCUGAAUCGGAAAAGCAAACACCAGAGCAGACGGAGAUGUCGACACAGCAAUAUGCGUCGUCCACGUCUGCUCCUCAUGAUCCCGAGUCGGGCGUGGACCAGGCAGUGGUAGGCCCGGCCUGGAUGUACAAACCGUUAUUCAAGAUUGGCAAGUGGGAGGCUCCUUACUUUGCCUCUCCAGAGAUGCAACUAUACCUGGUGUCGUUUGUCUGCUUCUUAUGUCCUGGCAUGUUCAACGCCGUCAGUGGUCUCGGUGGUGGUGGACAAGUCAAUGCCCACGAUGUGAACAAUGCCAAUACUGCACUAUACAGUACCUUCGCAGUAGUCGGUUUCUUCGCCGGCUCCAUUGCCAAUCGCAUUGGCCUCCGGCUCACACUAUCCUUUGGUGGAUUUGGAUACUUCCUCUACGUUGCAUCUCUCCUUUCGUACAAUAUCAACCAGAAUGCAGGCUUCCUCAUUUUCUCCGGAGCUUUCCUCGGUGUUUGUGCCGGUCUGCUAUGGUGUGCGCAGGGUGCUGUGAUGCUGAGUUAUCCACAUGAACACGAGAAGGGCAAGUACAUUGCCGUUUUCUGGGUUAUUUUCAAUUUGGGUGGUGUCAUUGGUAGCUUGGUCCCUCUCGGUCAAAACAUGCACUCAACGGCCGGCAACGUGAACAAUGGCACGUACAUUGCCUUCCUGGUUCUGAUGGCCAUCGGCUUCGUCCUCUGCUGGUGUCUGGCAGAUAGCAAGCACGUCAAGCGCAAGGAUGGCUCACGCGUGAUUGUGAUCAAAAACCCAACCUGGAAAUCUGAGAUCCUGGGACUGUGGGAGACACUGAUCAACGAUUCGUACAUCGUCCUCUUGUUCCCUAUGUUCCUGGCCAGCAACUGGUUCUACGGAUAUCACUUCAACGCCGUCAACCUCGCCUACUUCAAUGUUCGCACUCGAGCCUUGAACAGUCUUCUGUACUGGCUCAUGCAGAUGGUCGGCGCAUUCGUCUUCGGCCAACUCCUGGAUUUGAAGGGUCUCUCCCGUCCGUGGCGUGCCAAGCUCAACUUCGGCAUCUUGCUCGCUAUCACCAUGGGCAUUUGGGGUGGCGGAUAUGCCUUCCAGAAGACCUACACUCGGGAGACCGAAGGUCUUGGCACCGAUUUCACCGACAGCGGCUACAUCGGGCCUAUGUUCCUGUACAUGUUCUACGGGUUCUACGAUGCUGCUUUCCAGACCUGCACCUACUGGUACAUGGGUUCUCUUUCCAACAACAGCCGUAAACUGGCCAACUUUGCUGGUUUCUACAAGGGCAUCCAGUCUGCUGGCGCAGCUGGAAUGUGGAGUUUGGAUGCACAGGAGACGCCUUAUAUGACCGAAUUUGCUUCUUGCUGGGGUCUGCUCGUUGGUAGCAUGCUCGUUGCCUCGCCUGUGAUCUUCUUCAAGGUCAAGGAGACUACUGCCGUUGAAGACGAUCUUCGAUUCUCCGACGAAACCGCCGUCGAUGUCCUUGGCGAUACUACUGAAAUGUCUGGCAUGGAUAAGUCUCAUGCCGAAACUCACACUCCUGCGGAGACGCUCCGUGAUUCUCACGAUGAACGUUCCACCAAGGAAUAA